GGUUUCCCUUUGAUCUUUCAAAAAUCAAAUUCCUUCCAACUCCUUAGAUAUUUUCUUUUUGUAGUAGACUAGAUCCGAGAAAAUUUCAAGUCACACAAUCCAAAUCCCUAAAAAUUUGGAUAUUUAUAUCUCUUUCCUUGCAUAUAUAUAAAAUUCAUAUAGAUCUUUGUAAAACAAAACAAAAAGUGCACCAUUUUUCUUUUUUAUUUUUAUUAAAAUAAUAAAUGGACAUGGUGGCGAAGGUACACGUGUCAACGCACCACCUACUACCGAGCAGUAAUGUUUUCCGGCCUUCGAUUGUGAAGGUUCAUGGACGACGUAGAGUUUUUGUACAACCUUGCAGGAGCUUUAAGUCUGAUGAUGCUGAGUAUGUGAAGGUGAACAAGUUGGUUGGAGCUAUUAGGUCUGCUGUAUGGAGUUGUUCAAAGCCAAGUUUGAGAACUGAAAAUAAGCUUAGAGAAGCUAUGGAGAUGUUGGAAGAGAGAUUAUUCUGGUUGGCUUUAUAUGUUGGAAGAUAUAUUAUAACAAUGAUGAGCACAGGUGUUGUCAUGUUCGUUGGGUUUCAGUUGUCAGGUGGAGAUAGCCAGAUGAAUGAAUUGAUAUGGUACAGCUGGCUUGGAGGAAUUAUUAUCGGCACUAUGAUAGGAUCCAAUUUAGUUUUGGAUGAUGUUGCUCGAGCUGGCCCCCGUAAUGUCCUUAUAACUGGAAGGUAUAAUACUUUACUCAUACCUUCAUUGUUUGUAAUUACCAUUUUAAUUAUUUUUUGGUGCAGUACAAGGGGACUAGGGAAAGCUCUUGCCCGCGAAUUCUUACUUUCUGGAGAUCGGGUCAUUGUUACCUCCCGCAGCCCGGCAUCUGUCCGUUUGACUAUCGAGGAGCUUGAGGAAAAUCUGAAGGAAGCUGUCAAUGCUGCCACCGGCUCUGCUAGACUAAAGUUGGCACAUGCAAAACUGGUUGGUAUGGCUUGUGACGUCUCUGAACCUGUUGAUGUUAAAGAACUGGGCAAGUUUGCUGCAGAUGAACUUGGUUAUAUUGACAUUUGGGUAAACAAUGCUGGGACAAACAAAGGCUUUCGACCCUUGCUGGAGUUCACCGACAAUGAUAUUCAAGAGAUUGUCUCAACAAACCUGAUUGGUUCUAUACUAUGCACUAAAGAAGCCAUCCAAAUCAUGAAAACCCAAAGCGAAGGUGGACAUGUCUUUAAUAUGGAUGGUGCAGGUUCUGGAGGAUCUAGCACCCCUCUAACAGCUGUCUAUGGGUCUACAAAAUGUGGUCUCAGGCAGCUUCAAUCAUCCCUACUGAAGGAGUGCAAGCGGUCAAAAGUUGGAGUGCAUACGGCGUCUCCAGGCAUGGUCCUAACCGACCUACUUCUGAGUGGAUCAACUAUCCAAAAUAGGCAGAUGUUUAACAUCAUUUGCGAACAUCCAGAGACAGUUGCUAGAACACUAGUGCCAAGGAUGCGGGUUGUAAAAGGAAGUGGAAGAGCCAUCAAUUAUUUGACUCCACCAAGGAUCUUAAUUGCCUUAGUAACCGCAUGGUUGAGACGGGGCCGAUGGUUUGAUGAUCAGGGAAGAGCACUGUAUGCUGCAGAGGCAGAUCGACUCCGUAACUGGGCUGAAAGCCGGACACGUUUUUCAUUCACAGAUGCGAUGGAGAUGUACACUGAGAAUACUUGGGUGUCUGUGUUCUCACUCUCUGUAGUUUGUGCAUUCAUCAUAUUAUCUAGCACAGGUAGUACAUAAAAGUGGAUUUUGAUGGAAACCUCAAUUGGUUUGGAAGAUAGGAAGCACUGAAUUAUGACACAGCUAACUUAUAUCACUCCAGCUUUAAAAUUGAUGAUAAGGAAAGCACAUAUCCAAUUGGAAGUGCUGCAUUGCUUUAUUUAUUGCAUGCUUAAAAAAGAAAUCAUCGAGGCAUGAUGGUGUCGGUGAAUGAUAUUGGAUGUAUAGGAAUUUGGCUUUGUGAAAUGUAAAAAUCAAAGUAUCAGGUAUUCUUUUAGCAAAAAUCAGUGUAAUAAUGAACCCCGACUCUUCCUGCUUGAGCAUUUUUGCAUUUUUCUUCUUAUUAUGUGAAAAUGCUACUUUUGUUUUUGUUAACAAAGAGAUUUCAGGAUUAUCUGCA